UUCGCCUUUGUUUUCGCCAUGUCUGGUCGUGGUAAAGGAGGCAAAGGCCUGGGCAAGGGCGGCGCCAAGCGCCACCGCAAAGUGCUGCGCGACAACAUCCAGGGCAUCACCAAGCCCGCCAUUCGCCGCCUGGCCCGCCGCGGCGGCGUCAAGCGCAUUUCUGGCCUCAUCUACGAGGAGACGCGCGGGGUGCUCAAGGUCUUCCUGGAGAACGUCAUCCGCGACGCGGUCACCUACACCGAGCACGCCAAGCGCAAGACGGUCACGGCCAUGGACGUGGUCUACGCGCUCAAGCGCCAGGGUCGCACGCUCUACGGCUUCGGCGGCUGAGCGUCCAAGUUUUCACCUUCGCUUACGAAUCUCAACCAAAGGCCCUUUUCAGGGC